AUGCGUAGAGCCACUAAUCAUGACCAACUGCAAGGAGGCCUACGUCACACUCCCCACCAACCUCAUUGUCGCCAUCCCCGUGCACCGCAUGAAUGCCGCGUGACUGGUGAUGGAAUCCAACCUAGCCAACACGGGAUGUCCAGCCAUGUUCAGAUCGAAGGACGCUCCGAUAGAACCCAAAUCGCCCAGGAUCUGAAUAUCAGUCAUCUCAAAAGACUUCGAAUUCCACCUGGUUUAAAACACGAACGACAACGAAUUCCCACUGUGCAACUCGAGCGGACUCCUGCUUCCGAAUCGGAACUCGGGGCGAAGAGAAUAUCUCCCUAUAUUCCUCGCCAUUCUCGUACUGCCCUGUCCCCCUGUCUGUCGCCCCCUUCGAGAAUUAUCUCUUCAAUAUCUCGAUUGGGUCCGGGAGGGUGCACAAAGAUCCUUUCCAAAAUUGGUCAGCCAGGCGUCGUGCAUCAUCCAGUGCUCAAUUCGAGUGACGAGAAUGUGGACUUGCAAACGAAGGUUUAUAAUUUAUCGCCGUCCUGGUGUUCGCCAAAUCUCCGAAAGUCAGCCCAUAGAUAUGUCGUGUCUGACGGCGAAUAUCAAAAUCCGGAUAACGAAAUACUCGCAGGUUUCUUGAAGAACAAUGGGGGUUAUUUAGACGAUAGUGAUGACGAGCAAGAAGAACUGGAAGAACAAGAUACGCCUGGAAAUACGAUGAUGGCCACGCUCAAUUUCCUAAAAAGAAGAAUCCAAUACCCAUUUGAAUUCCGCUCUCCCCGUUAUACUCAGCCCUCGUCCUCUCAAGCGUCUUACAGCUCAACGUCUUUCAGUAACUCCACUCGAACGAUUUCAGCCUAUUCUACUAAUUCAAGCCUAUCUGUAGACCAAUCUCAUGACGAUCAAAUCUACAAACCUCCCUCGACUCCACGUGGCAUUUCAGGCUUUCGUUAUGGCUACUCAUCAGGAUGA